AUUCUUGCUGCAGUGCAUUUCAACUUUAAUCUGCAUAGACAUGUGAGAACACGGAACUCUGACAAUGCUAGGCAAGAGAAAUUCACGUACCCAAAAUUCAAGAAUGGUGAAGCAACUGUGCGGGACAUAAGAAUCUCUCAGAACUUUGAUUAUGUGGAGGAAAUCUUUCAAACAUUUCUCAGUGCAUCCAAUGAUGAUCUGAAAGGGGCUGCAGCCAAAUUAAAGCAAAUAACUCCUUUACCGAUGAACUCAAUGCUGGAGAGGGAGUCCAAAACUGAUGCAAUAAAGAAGAAAACAGACAGAAGUAAGAAGGUUGUGGAAGAUGUCCCCCCUACCACACCUGUGGAUCAAGUUCAGGAACAAGCUCUUGGAAACACUCAAACUGCAGCCAAGAAGAGAAAAGUACCACCAAAAUGCUCACUUUGUAGACAUCCAACUAAGGGACACAGCAAAGUUACCACUUGCCCCAAGAAUCAAAGAAAACAAUAGUUUAAGGAAUUUUGCUUUUUUGCUGAUAAACACCUUUUAUGGCCAGUUUCAUGGCAAGAAUUCUGUUUCAAGAG